CUCUUCUUCCCUGCAGGGCUCCCCCCCCCCCGCAUCUCCAUGGCCUCCCGCAUCCUGCACCGCCUGCGGCAUGCGCUGACCGGAGAGGGCGAGCGGGACGGGCUGGCAGGCUGCAGCUCGGAAGCGGAAGAGUUCCCAGAAAGCUCCGAGCUGGAGGAUGACACAGAGGGCCUCUCCACGCGGCUCAGUGGGACGCUGAGCUUCACCAGCAACGAUGAGGAGGAGGAGGGAGAGGAGGAUGAGGACAUUGGCGUGGCUGGGCAAGGGCAGCCCCCAGAGCCAGACCUGCUGGGCGAAGCCACGGAGGACGCUGAUCACAGCCCCCCGACGGAGCGCAGGGGCAGCAACCUGCUCACCCGGCAGCUGCAGGAGCUCUGGAGGAAAUCGCGGGGCAGCUUCGUGCCCCAGCGCCUCCUGUUCGAGGUCACCAGCGCCAACGUGGUCAGCGAGCAGAACUCCAAGUACGUGCUCUACACCGUCUACUUGAUCCGCGCGGGGCAGUUCGACAAAGCGCCCGCCUGCAUCUCCCGCCGCUACUCUGACUUCGAGCGGCUGAACCGGCACCUGCGCCGGCGCUUCUGCGGCGACAUGGCGGGCGUCUCCUUCCCCCGGAAGCGGCUGCGGCGCAACUUUGCGGCCGAGACCAUCGCCAAGCGCAGCCGCGCCUUCGAGCAGUUCCUGUCCCACCUGCAUUCGCUGCCGGAGAUCCGACGCUCGGCCGACUACCUGGAGUUCUUCUUCCUGCGCGACCUGCAGGCGGCGCAGAGCCUGACGUGCUCCGGGAGGUACCCGGAGGCCCUGGCGGCCUGGGCCAACGCCCACCAGCUGCAGGAGAGGCUGGGCGCCUGCCGCUCGGGCCACUUCCUGCUGACGCUGGCCGGCCUGGCCGUCUGCCACCAGGAGCUUGGCCAGGCCGGGGAGGCGCACGCUGCCUGCGAACGGGCCCUGUGUCUCCUGGAGGCGCAGGACAGUCACCCGCUGCUGGCCCCCUUCCUGCAGGCCCACAUCCGCCUCUCCUGGGUGCUGGGCAGGGACAAGCGCCAGGCCGAGGCCCGGCUGCAGCGGCUGCAGGAGGCCGGUGGGGCGGACAUGCACCCGCCCACCCUGAAGGAACUGCUCAUCAAGCAGCCCCUGCCCUGAGGAGGCCGGCUGGCUUCACUUUGGAUCAUGGGCAGAAACUGGUACAUUGUUUUAGGGCACAGUGAACUCGUCCCUCCUGCAAGGAACAGCCUCUGGGGCUGUUUAUCUGGGGCUCCGUAGAGGAAUUAGAUGCCUCCCUGUCUUCUGAAAGGGACUUCUUUGUAAUACUUGAAUGCCUGAUGAGGGAAAGGGAUAGCAGCAGCACCUGCCUGCCAUGUAGGCAGAGGGGUACAGCUCCUCCCCCCAAGUGGAAGCCUGGGGGUCCCCAGAGGUGGGUGCUGCUGUUGCUGCUAGUUGGGAGUUCCAGCCUACUGGGGAGAGGGGAGCUGAGGUUCCAGCCCCCAAGCUGAAAAAGGGAAGCUUUUAGAGUGGUUUCCUGGGAUGAGGGGCUGCCUGCUCCCGCCUCUUGCAAUGGGGCAGGGCGUCAAAGGGAAAUGGGGUGGAAACCAGGUCCCUCCCUCCCCUUGCAGCCUCAGGAGACCAGAGCUUUGGAGGGAGGGGCUGCCACCCCUUUAUUAGCGAUAGAGAAAGUCAAGGGCCAGUCUUGUAACUCCCUUCGCCCAAUAAAAAGGAUGCUCGUCA